AUGUGUAAUGAGGCACCAAUAUUAGAGAAUUACGGAGUACCUAAUGUUAGUCAACAGUUCAAUAACAUCACCAAGAAGAUUUCCAAUGAGAAAUUGAUUGAGAUGAACAUAGAGAUUCACGAAGUGAGAGUCGUUGAGUCGGUUACAUCUAGUGAUAUCUUGCGGAAUUAUACUAUUAAUAAUGUUUCCACGGAUGAGAUAGAUCAGAUCAAAACCACCAAGACUCAUAAAGUGAAUGAUCUUCCGAAAUCAGACACUCAAGAAACACCGUCGGAAAGCGUCGCAACUGUGGAGACAGUCACCGAUUUACCAGAAACCGGAGCUAUUUUCCCAGAAAGUACCACCGAAGGGACUUUUGUUACUGAGGGUGAUGUAUAUACCGAAGGGACAGACGUCUUAGACGAUCAGUUGAAUAAUAUUAUAUCAGAUUUGACUGCGGAACACCGUAGUAGCAAGCAGUGCCUCGGAGACGCUGAAGACAUUGAUAUACAAGUGAUAUCGCCGAAACCUGACUUUUUAACGGAUAAAUAUGAAGCGAUGAUGAUUUACUAG